AUGCGGCAGGGGCCGGGAAGGCAGAACCGGAACCGGAACCCGAGCGCGCGCCCGCGGUUGUCGCGCGGCGCCCGCCCCCCCCACACCGCCGGCGGCCUCCUCCGCCCGCCGCGCGCGCGCUCCCGCGAGAGCCUCAGGACCGGGCGAGCCGGCCCUGCGUUCCGAGUCGCCGCGGUCGCCACCGGCUUCCCGGGCCGGUGCUUCCAGGCCGGGUCGGACGGGAACCUCCCGCCCCUCGCGGGAACCACCGCCUACCGGCGCGUCGGGGAGGAGCCACCGCCGCCACCGCCUUCGCCGACCGCGGAAGAGCCCGGGCCUCCGAGGGAUGGGGAGCAGCCCGCGGGGCUGAGAGACCAGGUUCCUGUCACCUCCGGCUGCGGGACCUCCUCCCCCGGCGCUCGUGCUCGUCCCGGCGCCCGGAGCUUGGUGGGGGGCGGCGAGGACGACGAGAGGGGUCCCCCGGCCCGGGGCCAUGGAGCCGCGCGCGGCUGA